AUUGGCUAAACGGGAGAUGAGGCGGUCUAUCCCGUGUGCUCAGGAUACUCAUAUGAUGGAUGGGAAGUGCGGAGAGCUGAUUGGCUGCAGUUUUCUAGCGGCGGCUUGUGAUUGGCUAAACGUUGAAGGCCGUGCGGCUGACUGGCAGUGGGCGUGUCGUGUCAGUGCGGGCCCCGGGAGGUGUCUGCGGGAGCUGGGAACUGUGUGCGGUUCGGCAGGGGGCCGGGAGCGGUGAUGGCUCCUUGCUGCGGCUGUUGAGGAGGGCGGGGGGAGUACCGGGAUGGCUCAGAGCCCCGGGGAGGGCAGCAUGUCCCCCUCUGCCAGCCUGCGGGGGACCAGGGAGACCCUGAGCAGUGACCCCGAGCUCGAGUCCCUGGGCUCAGACUCCGAGAUUAAUGGCUUCCCUCCGGAGAGGAGGACCGACAAGUACGGCUUCCUGCUGAAGAGCGAUGUGGACGGAGCCCUGUGAGUAUCCCGGCGGACAGUGUGAGGGGGGUCACUCCCGGGGGGGGGGAGGGGGGCGGUCUGUGUCAUCUGUCAGCAGAGGGUAAUACUGACUGACUGACUGACUGCCACCUUCAUAGAGAGCAGCUGGCACCCGGGCACUGUGUGUGCAUGGCAGGAUGGCAGUGAUUGGAUUAGGGGCUGGUUUAGAAGAGUGCCAGUAUUGGGACCGGGUACUAUGGUGGCCACUGGCAAGGCUGGUACAGGGCUAUGGUAGAGGCAGGCUGGCAUGGUUUGUACAGGUUACUAGUAUGGGCAGGCUGGCAUGGUUUGUACAGGUUACUAGUAUGGGCAGGCUGGCAUGGUUUGUACAGGUUACUAGUAUGGGCAGGCUGGCAUGGUUUGUACAGGUUACUAGUAUGGGCAGCUGGCAUGGUUUGUACAGGUUACUGGUAUGGGCAGGCUGGCAUGGUUUGUACAGGUUACUGGUAUGGGCAGGCUGGCAUGGUUUGUACAGGUUACUGGUAUGGGCAGGCUGGCAUGGUUUGUACAGGUUACUGGUAUGGGCAGGCUGGCAUGGUUUGUACAGGUUACUGGUAUGGGCAGGCUGGCAUGGUUUGUACAGGUUACUGGUAUGGGCAGGCUGGCAUGGUUUGUACAGGUUACUGGUAUGGGCAGGCUGGCAUGGUUUGUAUAGGUCAAGGAUAGCCAACAUUUAGCACUUUAGAUUUAAACUUGAGGAUGUUUUGCCAGCAUUAUGGCAGUAAGAGCAUUAUGGGAGAUCUAGUCCACAAUGUCUGGAGUGCCAAAGGUUGCCCACCCCUGUUAUUGGGUGUUAGAAUGAGCAUCCUGGCAAUAUUGGUACAGGGCACAAAGAUGGGCAGUUUGCCAUUAUUGGUACAGGACACCAAGAUGGUCAGUUUGACAAGGUCCUUAAGGAGUGGUUGGAUGGGCACGCUUGUAGAAUUGGAAGACUGGUAAUGCUGGUACAGGCACUAUGAUGGGAACACUUAAUUUUUGGUUCCGGACACUAGGAAGAGGUGACUGGUAGUGUUGGUGCCAGGCUCUAGGAUGGGCAGAUUGUUUUCUGUUGUUGCCUAGUAAGUGGCAAUUUGAAAGUUUUGAAAUAGGGCUUUAGGGGGGUCUAAAUGGGCAGUGCUAGUGUUGUCCUAAAGACAUAGAAUCAAGUAAUUGUUAGUGGUGGUCCAAGAAACAGAUUGGCAGGAUUGCUACAAUGCAUUGAGGUUGCAAACUCCCAGUGUUGGCACAGAGCCCUGGGGUAGCACAAGCCAAUUGUGUUGGUGAGACAGCUCUGACCGUGUUGGUACAGAGAACAGGAAGGUAGAGAUUUGACAUGUAUGUUGCUGGGUACUUAUAAAGACAAGGGUGCAAGACUUUGUAGCGGUAUGGCCACCAAUGGAAACUGGUUUUCAGGGUUCUGACCUGAAUAUACCCUUUUAGUUUUAAGGUGAAAAUACAAUGAAUUAUGAAUGGACUAGUUAGUUGCAUAACCAGGCAUUGUCAAGGCCUGUAUUAAUACAUGGCUUCUGCGUUAAUGAGGAAGGCAGCUAUUCUGAGGCAUGGUCAAUCAAUUAUUGGGAUAACUGAGCCAUGAUGUGCUAAUAAUGAAAGAGGUUGGCUUUAAUGGAAAUGAGGUCAUGAUAAGAUAGAGGAAACACUAAAGCAUUAUGUGAUUAUCAGUGGUGGUGAAGGGGUUUGCAGACUGGUUUCCAAAUGGGUCACUGCAUAUCACCCACAGAGAUGCAUUAAAAUUUAAACUUUCCUCACAAUGUUACUCAGGAAAUGUAAGCUUGUGUUUUUAUGGAGCAUGGAAAUAUAAGUGUUUUUCAUAUGAAUACUACUGCUAAAUGUUUCUUUAGUUGGUGAAUAUAUUGUGAAAGAAAUUAUGCUGUACAGAAUAAGAAAGUAUCAUGAGAAAAAUACAUCCUAUAAAACAUAUAGUGAACAGUAUAAUGGAAAUCUAGAAUAUGAUUGGCACUUGUUUUAUUAAACACCCUUUUCUGUUUUGUUCUGUCCUACAGAACAGACUGCACUGGGCCGGGUUUCAAUAGAAAAAUAACAUAUAAUUCCAAGUACCUAAUAAGGAAUACAGGCCAUCCCUUGAUUUACAAGCAGCUUCAGUCCUUCUUGGAAUGUGGUCAUACAAGCCCUGAAAUUUGCGUAGUGGAAUAUUACAUAGAUCCUCAAGCCUCCCACUUUUUUGAGAGAGUAAGAUUUUUUUAUUUUUUUUUUAUUAUUAUUAUUUUUUUUUUACUGAAACCUAAUUAAUUUAUUUACUAAAUCAGGAAUUGACAAAGAAAUGUAACCAUUUAGGCUAAACUAAAUAGAGCCUGGAAUUUUGCAAUGAUCAGAUCAGUUUGCUAUAACUCUGUUUAGGGAACAAUCCUGCUAGUGUUCAGACAAGCUCCUUUGAAUUUGCCUAUGCAAUGACCAUUGGCUGUUAUGCUGCAUAGAAUGUCCUUUUAACGGUUGUAAAGAGCCAUUGUGAAUUACAGGCUUUCCACAUCUAAACCUCAUCAAAAUUUUUCAAAUACGGUAAACAGCGAUGGCCCAAAAUAUUGUGCUGCCUGGUCCAAAAACACAAUGCUGCCCCUAGCCAUGUGCCAAACGCCACCAAACGUUCCCUAAUUUCUCACACAUAAGUAAUUCACAAUGAUACAUAAUUAUUCAUACACAUAUAUAAUGAACUUCUCACACACCCCUAUGUAGCAACAGUCAUUCAUUCAUACAGUAAUACAUAUACACUUAUUUCUCAGGUGUUUUGCAGUUGGACUUGUUAACUCCUUAGAGAGCUUGAAGUGCUGCCCCCUAAGAGUGAUGAUGUGACUCAUGGAUCCACCUAGACCCUCUAUAGGGAGGCCUUUGGAGUAAAUGACACUCACAAGACCCUAUUGCUUUUUCCUUUGGUACAUUGUGCUCCCUACACCAGAUGAUUGUUGGGUGUUUGUUUGUUUUUUUUUGGGGGGGGGGGGGGGGUUUCUCAGAUACAAGAGUUUUAUUCUUGGCAGCCUUGCCAUAAAUUCUGCCCCUUUCAAAUAAAUUAUGAUUUUGUUCUGUUGAGGCUUUGUCGCAGAAUGGCUUAUUCAGUUCUUUGUUCAUUUUCAUCUAGGGUAUGCUUCUGUGGUAUUUUAAGUGAUUUAUCAGUUCGCUUCAGUAUACAGCUACUAUUCCUAGUUUAUCCAUGUAUGGACUAGGCCCUCAUUAUUUUUGAGACUGUUUCCCUUGAGAGAUUAAAUUAUUUUGCAGUGUUUGUGGCUGAUGUCACUGCAUUUCAGACUGUUUGGGACUCAUUUUGUAACUGUUUAACAAUUUACUAUUAAAGAAUCACUUGUCUGACUGCUUCUUUCUUUGAAACCUAUAGCAAUUGGGCAAUUAACGCUUAUGUUGCAGCUUCAUAUUUCUAUUAUUCUGGCUUCCCCCUGAUUACUGUGACUGAUAGUGAAUGCUCUAGUUCAGGUGUAGUCAACCUUUUAAUACCUACCGCACACUUUUGUAUCUUUGUUGAUGGUAAAAAUGUCCUUACAGCCCACCAGUAAAGAGUAUAAAAAACAAACAAACAAAAAACUUAUGUUCCUAAAUGUAUCUAUUUCUUUUUCCCUGUUUUGUGUGUGUGUGUGUGUGUGUGUGUGUGUGUGUGUGUGUGUGUGGUGCAGUAUAGGGAUCGACAGAUUAUUGGUCUGGCCGAUUUUCGGCAAUAUCGGUAUCCGCCUCUAGAGAUACUUAUAUUGCCGAUAAUACGUACCAGGAACACCGGCCCAUGACUUGCCCGGCGGUCCUGGAGGGCCCGCAGCAAGCUCUUACUUACCUCCCCUGUGUAAAUCUAGCGAGUCCCGCGGCUGUCAGAGCGUUGCCACGGAUUAUCGUGGCAAUGCUCCGCGUGGCACGCAGGCCGCAAGAUUUACAUAGGGAAGCUGAAGGGAGCUCCUAGGAAAGUUAAGUAGGCGCUUGCUGCGCGCCCUCCACUGCACAGUCCAUGCCAUAUCCCCUCCGCUCCCCAUUUUACACAAAUUACACACACUCUGCAUUAUAUACACACACUACACAAACACACUGCAUUCACUAUACACACUACACAAACACACACACUGCAUUCAUUAUAUACACACUACACAUACACACUGCACAAACACACACAGCUCCCCUGUCUAAACACACUGCAUCCACUACGUGUGGCAUGUAUAUUUUGUGCAUUUAACUUUAGAAAUAGUUUAUUUUUUCAAAAUGGUAAAUGUACAGAAUAUCGGUAAGUGAUAGGCCAUCGGCCUGAAAGUUCACAGGUUAUCGGUAUCUGCUCUAAAAAAAUCUAUAUCGGUCAGUCCCUAGUGUGUAUGUAUUUCAGUGUGUGUAUGUUAGUAUGUUUCUGUAUAUGUCUGUUUCAGUAUGUAUAGAAUUUUUUUUUUUUUUUUUCAAACUAUAGUCUGGCCCCCAACCGUGUCUGAGGGACAGUGAACUGGCCCCCUGUUUUAAAAAGUUUGAACACCCCUGGCCUAAAGGGAUACUAUAAGCAUCAAACAACUUUUAUCUUAAAGGAACACUAGAGUCAGGAACACAAACAUGUAUACUUGACCCUAUAGUGUUAAACUCACUAUCUGGCCUCCAUUGCCCCCCUAGAUAUAGUAAAAUCUUACCGUUUAUUCCAGUCUGCUGCUGGCUCUGCACCUGAUUUGCAUCCUUGGCUGACAUAAUCAAAAGUGGUGAUCUCAGCCAAUCACACUGUUUUCUCAUUGGAUUGGUUGAGCUUGCCAAGGAGAAAGAUCAGGGGCAGAGCCAGCACAAGCCAAACACAGCUCUCCUGUGUCAAUCAGUGCAUCUCUAUGAUGAAAGUUUAGUUUCUCCAUGCAGAGGAUGGAGACACUGAAUGCACACUGUGCAGCACCGCCAUAGGAAGCACCUCUAUCAGCCAUCUGAGGAGUAGUCCGUGAAAGUAUCCCUAGACUGUAAUGUAAACACUGCCUUUUCUCUGAAAAAGUGUUUACUGCAAAAAGGCUGCAGGGCUUGACUAUACUCAGAACAAAUACAAUAAGCUGUAGUUGCUCUGGUGAUUAUAGUGUCCCUUUUUAACAAAGCCAUUUUAGUGUAUAGAUUAUGCUUCUAUAGUUUCACUCUUCAGUUCUGUGAAAACCCAUGUUACACUUACCUAAUUGCAGCGCCGAUCUUCCCCGGUGCUGGGUCAACGCUUUGUCUCCUCCAACAUCAACCGACCGGGAGGCUAAUGCACAUGCAUGGCGAGCACUGCAAACGCAUUAGGCUCUUUCUACAGGAAAGCAUUUCUUCAAUGCUUUACUAUGGGGAUUUAACUGAUGCUGGAUGCAGAGCAUGAGGACAUCCAGCGUCAUUUAGGCCUAGCAAGCAAGUCGCCUAGCAAGCAGGAAGUCCCUAGAAGCAGUUUUAGUCCUGCAGUGUAAUUGUUGUAUUUACAUUGCAGGACUAAGUGGGGCAGUGACACUGCACCCAGACCACUUCAAUGAGAUGAGUUGGUCUGGGUGCCUAUAGUAUCUCUUUAGCAGUGAGACUGCAGGGGCAUGAUCUAUACACUAAAACUGUUUAAGCUAACGUAUUGUGUCUAUGGCACCCAGACCACUUCAGAUCAUUGAAGUGGUCUGGGUGCAGUGUUCAUAUUGCACUUAGUGCUGCAUUGUUAAGCAUUGCAGUUCCAGAGAAACUGCAAUGCUUACAUUGCAGCACUAAGUCUGCCUCCAGUGGCAGCCACUAAAGGUGCUUCCUUCAUCCAAAUGGAUUUUUAGUCCGGUAUCUGUUGCUGGACGUCCUUACAGAUUUUUCCUCCAUUGGAAAGCACUGAUUCAGUGUAAUUUGCUGCGCAUGCAUAUUAAUGCUUGCGUGGCAUAGGUUGGAGGAGGAGCCACGACCCAGCUCUGAGGGACAUCAGGCGCUGGAAUCAGGUAAGUAAAUAAAGUGUUUUUAACCCUUUAUUCACUGGGGAGGGGGAAGGAAAAGGGGAGUUAUAGUGCCAGGAAUACAGUUUUGUAUUCCUGGCACUUAUAGUAUCCCUUUAACAAUAUUUUAACUUGCUUAUUGAUUCAGCUUCACAACAUUUUUUAUAAUGCCGAGUCAGUAAAAACUGAGGUGAAGAUUAUUUAUGUAAUGAGUUAAAAUUUUCAGGAGGCAACAAAGAACUGCAACCUGCUAAGUAAUGCAAUUUGUGGUACUCUGUUUUUGCUGAUUGUAACAAUAUCUUGUAAAAUAUUUAUUUAAAUUUUCUGCAUUGUUAGCAGCACUUAAACUUGUAUAAUCUACCAGUGUUUUAAAUGUCAUAGUAUGAUGAAACUGUUGUGUAAGCCUGUGGUAUGGAUUGACUUUUUAUUGACUUUUGUUUUAUUUUUAAACCACUGAUGUGUUUUGGUGUUCAGUUUUAUGCUCUGCUUAGAUUGUACACAAUUUAGAAGGAGUCUACAUGCUGUUAUGCAUUUCACUGUAGAUAUAGUGCCCUCCUGUCCACUACAGGAUGUGCUCUGUCUUCAGUACCACACAAUAAACAGAAGAUUGUCAGUCUUAUAGACUGGCCAUUGUGGUCGAUGCAGCUUCCAAACUUUAAAAGAAAUGCUUUGUGUAAAUGGGAAGCUAUAGUGCUCUAAAAGAGUCACGCCUUCAUUUGCAGUGUCCACUGACCACUUGUGAGCGGCCUGUACACCCUGUAAUAUUCAGAGUACUUGGCCCAAUGUAGUAUUUUCCACUAACGUCACCUUGGGUAGCUAGACUGUUAAGAAAACAGUAAUUGAGUUUAUGAUAUUUUCGGAGUUAUAUUGCAGCACUUGGUAAAAAUGUUGGAAAGCAUGUAUUUUAUUAUUUAAAGUAAGAGUUCACGGAAAGUGGACAUGUCUUAUGUUGUGUGUUUAAUACUGUCAGGGUUAUUCACUUGGUGAGAAUGGUUAAUAAUUAAAAAUUCAGCUAUGCCUCCAGUUUACCUACUUUAGCCUUACAUUUUAUAUUCAGUUUGAAUUACUGACUGUUUUCCCUCUAGUGAAAAACUGUAGAUUAGGGCUUAGAAUGUCUUGCAUUUGUAGCCAGGUGCGAAAAGAAAGGAGUACCUGAAAUUCGUCCACACUGCAUUUUUGUUUUUGUAAUCACUACUACUACUACUACUACUACUACUGGAUCUUAUAUAGCACCAACAUAUUCCACAGUGCUUUACAAUUCUAGAUUAGGGAUAUUUGACAUACAGAAUAUAGCAAGAACUGAGCGCAGAGCUGAGUGGAUGCAAGUCACAGCUGCUCCUGAUCUUUUGGGCAAAUAUUGCUAACUACAAUUCCUAAUCCGCCAGCAAAUGACUGAAAUGGGCCGCCAAGCAAGAGUUGAUACCAAAGGGCUCACGCUGGCACCAAAUAAGCACCUUACCUAGCGCAAAUCACAGGAGUACUAUCUGCGGCCUACAAGCAUGGUCGGCGUGGGGGAGGUGGCCCCUCUUCUGCAGCCACAAUGGCCUGCAAUCUGGAACAUAUGCCCCGGUUCCCAUAUCCCCCCCACGGACCGGUGGGGGUUAUCCCGGUCCCAGGAGAACCCCUCCAUGCUCUGUGGCAGGGCUACCAGGUGAGGCUUACUCACCCUACAAUGGUGGCGAUCACCACUUCUGAAACAGGAAAGGCUCCUGACAUCCUGGCAAAGCUGGACGACAUAUUCUCCACAUUCUGGAGGAAACUCACACUUAGAAAGUUCAAGUUCAUCGCAAACACUCUAGACGAGCACUCACCCAAAGAGCUGUCCACAUGCUCCCAUCACAGACACAAAGUUCCCUGAACAGGAAUAGCACGAAAAUUGCGCCGCAAACUGCGACAUUUCCUGCCUGCACACAAAGCCACACGUAUAAAUCUGGACGCGCUGAGGCCUCAGCGCAAGAAACUGCCCACUACAUGCAAGCCCAGCUCCCAGCCACAGCCAGACAUGAGGUACCUAAAGUGUCUGUUUCCCUCUCCACACUGGAUCCUAAGUCCAUCGAGUAGAAUCCAGAGGGCCUCACUCUGUACCUGUCCCCACUUACAUGGGCCACUAGGCCUGAUGCUAGGACUUUCACGACUGGGCUAUGUGUUACCCCAGCAGGGCAUUCGCUGACCAAGGCAAUGGCACAAUGAACUCUGCUACCACAGGUUGUGCGGGAAAUACAUUUUUGUUAUAGUUUCUGCUUUUCCUUGUUUUACACUGGGGGACUCAAGCCUAGAUAACUGGGUGGCCUCUUAGGGGGUCUCUCAAUGUCAUUCAGUCUCUUGUCUAACCUGAUAAGCAACUGUCAAUUGUCUAAUUUGUUUACCUAGAUUUUAAUUUUCAUAACUGCCUACUUGCCUCUGAUGCCUUUUGAUUUGUAUACCCAUGCAUGGUUGGGCUAACCUGAUAACAGCACUCUUUUCUCAUAUGUACUAAGCCUGUUCAAGUUUUCAUAGUUUACUCAACAUAGCAAGCCUGAUUAUUGUAACGUAAUUGUGCUGUUUCCUCACAUGCCAUGUUAACUCUUGUUAACUCUUGUUUUACACGUGCUUGCUACUGCUGUCGUGGCAUGGCAAGCUCAUUUGUUAUCUGUUCUCUGUAAUCUUAUGCACAUAAAAAAAAAAAAAAAUUAAAAAAAAAAGUUUUUAAAUAUAUAGCAAGAGGUCAAGAAGACCUGGCGCAAAUGAGGUGUGUUUGUCUCCAUUUCCAUUAGCAAAUUCCUCACCCUCCACCAUAGCUACUAACCUAUUCAUUUCUUCUCUUCCUUGUAGCUAAAAAAACAAUUUCUCUCCUCUCCCCCCUUUACCUCCUAACUGAUGGCAGGUCAUUCUUAUCUCCUCCAUCACAACCAAGCCCUAACUUUGCCAUUUAUUGCAAGGUCUCCACAGUCAACCCUUUUUUUUUUUUUUUGUAGCUGGGGGCAUCUCCAAGUAAGUGAUGCCACAAAUCACAAACUGCAGCCCGAACACAUUCUCCAUACAGUUUAUCUCAUUCUCCAUGCUGAGACUGAACCUCUGCUAUCUUCUUUCACGAACACACGUGCAUCUUGCACGGGAGCAAUUUCCACUUGCUUUUUGCUAGAGGCCAAGUGCUAAUUUUGAGCCCUGCUGUCAAUACUAUAUGCUGUGUUGAAGGACCGUGUUUGAUUUUUACAUGUUUCAUUGUUUAUAUUUCCAUUAUCUGCUUCCAUGGAGUUCCCUAUUGUAGGUUAUUCUGUGAUAUUUGAGCACCACACCUUUAAAAGCCAAUGUUCCAUUGCUUACUUUAUUAUCAUCAUGAGACAAGAUAGCCUUGGUUAUUUUUAUUAGAUUAUAAUACACAUAAUAUGUUUGUGUGUGUGUGUGUGUGUAUAGUAAUUAUGACAUUCUAUUAAAAAUGUCCUGUUAAAGUAUAAAAUCAUGUACUUUUAAAAGGAAUGUUAAUGACUACAGGCCUCAUAACCAGUUUGGUGAGAUUAAAUUGAUCUCACUGAAACACAAAUUUAUAAAAUAUAACAUAAAAAUAAGGCUUAUUCACUAAAAUGAGAAUUCAAGGUGAAUUUCAAAUUUAAAAAGGGACACUAUUGUCCCCAAAACAACUUUAGCUUAACACACAAGCUUCCUGUGUGUGAUUAAAGUUCAAUUUACAGUGCAGGAGAUAGAACCUUCUAAAGCAAGUUAAAAUCUUAGUGAAAAUAAACAUUUUUUUUUCAUGCAGGCUGUGGGAAUUACAGCAAUGGGAGGUGUGGAUAGGGCUACAUGAACAGAAACAAAAGUGAUCUGACUCCUAAAUGGUAGAGAACUGAGCAGUGAGACUGCAGGGGCAUGAUCCACACACAAAAAAAACUGCUUCAUUAAGCUAAAGUUGUUUUGGUGAGGAAUGUGUCCUCUUUGUCGGCUAUGGUUUCGGUUUGGCUUUUCUGGGCUUAAAUGUAAACUUCACCUUAGGUUCUCAUUUUAGUAAAUAACCCUGUUAGACUUGUCCAUAUCAGUCUGAAUUUUGCAGUUCAGUUUCAAGUUCACUACAGUGUAAAGAAACGCUAAACCUGUAUUGCUAGAGCGUUAGUGUCUCUGUCCCUAGUUACCAUGGUGUUUGGAAAAUAAAUAAGAAAAUAGGUUUUUACUUGCCUUUUUCUGGCAUUUAGGCUCCAUCAGCAUUGCUUACCGUUCCCUUACCUGCAACGUCAUGUAGGAGGCAUAAUAUCAAUCAGCAUGGUCCAAUCCAAAGCUCCUGAUGCUCAUGCAGUGAAUACCAUGUGAAUCCAAGCUUCCCAUAGUAAAUCAUUGAAUCAAUGCUUCCAUGUCAUGUAAAAGAGUUUUACUUGGUCAGUUCCAUGGAAGUGUCUUUAGCCGCUGUCGUUCUGAUAGUAACUAGGUAUGGACUUAAAUCUCCAAUAAGAGAAACUAUAGGACCACUAAAUUGAGUUGAAGUGUCCUACACGAGUUUAGUGGUACGUUAAUAUUGAGUGAGUAAACCACUCGUAUUUAACAUAAGUUGUUUUUCAAAGAGAUGUUGGUGCAUAUAACCGUUCAUAUGGUGGUAGUUGAGAAUAAGCCUUUAUUACUGUUGGUAGUGCCAAAAACAACAACUUUGUCCUCCCCCCUUUUUAAACUUCAAAAUCCUGUAACUUGGCUAAAAACGUACCUUAGAAUUUAGCACUGGGUGAAGCUAUCCUUGAGUGUUUCCAUGAUGUUACCCAACAUCACCAGGGUGAGUCACGGUGGACAAGGGAGGGAGGGGAGACGCAUAUUAAAAGAACACUAUAGUAUUAGAAAUACAAAGCUGUAUUCCUAAAUUAGGUUGGAUUUUAUUUAAAUCGAGUCCUACUGACUAGUGAUUUAAAGGAUCACUAUAGUGUCAGGAGAACAAAGCGCCCUGAGGGUGCUCCCACCCUCAGGGUCCCCCUUUCUGUGGCGCUGAAGGUGUUAAAACCCCUUCAGCAGCUUACCUUAUUCCAGCGCUGGGCUCCCUCGGCGCUGGUGACCUCUCCUCCCCCGCCGACGUCAGCUACAUCAUCUGGGUCCACAUGAAAAGUUUAAAACACCAUAUUCUGCAGCUCAAUCAUCUUUAUUCUGUUGAUUAUUCAUAAUCUGGAAAAGCAAAACAAACUAUCGAGCCCCAAUUUAUUUCCCAGUUUAGAAUGAACAUGUCCAAAUUGAAAAAAAAAAAAGUCUCUCGUCGCCAGAAGAUUACGCCACUGCUGUUAAAAGGGUUUUAAAAAAAAACCAAAAAAAACUCAACCAAUACCAACGCAGAUCACACUCGGCGCUCUUACUAGAGACUGUAUUAGUACCGCAAUGUAACCAUUGCAGUUUCUCUGGAACUGGAAUGUUUUUUUACAUUUCAUUGCUAAGGGGACAGGGACACUGCACCCAGACUACUUCAAUGAGAUGAGGUGUUCUGAGUAUCUAAAGUGUCCCUUUUAAGAAAUACAGGGUUGUGAGGAGAGCUUAGAUGAGAGGGAAAAAAAGGAAAGCAGGGGGUUGCUCCCCAUUUCAGUCUAUAUGUUGCCUGCAAGGGUUGAUGCAGUGGUGCUAAUGACAUACAAAAUAUUUGCAUAAAACUAAUGUCCAAAUCACGUGUGCUGGGGGUGUAACUUUCCCCCGGCACAAAACUGCAGUUAUAUCUGCAUGUGCAGCAUGUAGUAGCAUGGCCCUCACAGAGUGCUAUAGCAAAUUUAUUGUUUGCUUGCUGGCAACCUUCAUUUCUCUGAAAUGGUUUUAAUCUGAGAAAAACUGUCUUUCUGGUUUUAAGCAUGCAACUUUAUCUAUUGUUUGUAGGUGUUUGUUUAUUUGUCAGGUUAUCUGUGUGACUUUGUAUACAUUCCCUGUGUCUUCUUCAAGGACACAUUAAGUUUGAGUGUACCCAGUAAGUUGUCUACUCAUUCCUAAUUGCAUUUAUACAAUCUGCCUCUUUAAAAUUUACAGAUUAAGGAUGUUGGUAAUAUAAGUCUGUCAGUCUGCCUGCACUUGGCCUGAUUGAACAAACUCAGCCGUUUAUCAAAUCUUAUUUACUCAUAGGUUUUACUUAUAAGGUUAGCAUAUUACUGUAGAAAAAGUAGGUCUAGUUAUCCUUAAAGGACCACUAUAGGCACCCAGACCACUUCAGCUUAAUGAAGUGGUCUGGGUGCCUGGUCCAGCUAGGGUUAACCCUUUUUAUUUUAUUUUUUUUAUUUUUUAUAAACAUAGCUGUUUCAGAGAAACUGCAAUGUUUAUAAAUAGGUUAAUCCAGCCUCUAAAGCCUCUAGUGACUGUCUCAUUGACAGCCACUAGAGGCGUUUGCGUGCUUCUCACUGUGAAAAUCACAGUGAGAAGAUGCAAGCGUCCAUAGGUAACCAUUAUGAAUGCUUUCCUAUGAGACUGGCCGAAUGCGCGCGCAGCUCCUGCCGCGCAUGCACAUUCAGUCGAAGAGGAGGAGAGCUCCCCGCCCGGCGCUGGAGAAAGGUAAGAUUUUAACCCCUUCCUCUCCCCAGAGCCCGGCGGGAGGGGGUCCCUGAGGGUGUGGGCACCCUCAGGGCACUAUAGUGCCAGGAAAAAAAGUGUGUUUUCCUGGCAUUAUAGUGGUCCUUUUAAAUGUAGUUUUGUUUUUUUCUUCUUCUUAACUCUUUAUUACUGCAUUUCAUUACCAAUAUUUCACUAGCAUGUUGUUGGUCAUGAAAAGGUUAACAAGUUAACCAGUCAGUUUUAAACAGAUUAAAUCUAAUUAUACAAAAAUCAUAGUCCAGCAGUUUUUGUGGUUUUUCUUUCUCACAUGUGAAGUACCUCAUGGAAAUGUUAAAUAUACUGAGUCUCUGAGGCAUGUCACUAGAAGAGUCAUGUGAGUCACACGAUAAUUUUAAUCUGAUGCCUGUUUCUGGGUUAAGACGGCUUUGUUGAUGUAACGCCCAUAUCAUGUGCUGUUACAAUAGUGAAGUUCAUUGGUUCUUGGAUCCUACAUACUGGUCUAAAAAACCCUUUCCCAAACUUCCUCAGGGUUGUGGGUCCCAUCCUGGGGUCAGAGAGGUGAGGGUAGAUAUGUGGAUGCUCUGAGCAGGAUGUGACUAAUUCCUUUACUGAAAACAUUGCAACUCUUAUCCAUUCUUCCCUUUUUAUAUGAAGCCACACCCUCUAUCAUUUUGCUUCUUUUGAAAGCUUUUUUUCCACAAAUAUAAAUUUAUAAGUGAGAGUUCUAGUUGUGUGACUUGUGGUUUCAGCUGAGUGUGAAGUCCUUGCUCUCAGUCAGUACAGUGUUAAACAUUAAACACUUUUCUUUUUCAUUAAUAAAAUAGGUAACCACGUUUUUCUUUUUACACUGGCUUCUAGAUUGCAGGGUGCAAUGAUUUUAAAUAGACAUGGUCAGUCAGCCCUUCAAUCAGGGAGGGGGAACAGUACCAGAAUUUGGGUCUGACCGUUGUGUGAAAUGGAAGGUGUUUGAAAGAAAGACAGUCAAAACCUGGACAGGGAAACUUUUAUUAGACACUGAAGCAAUACAUAGCAUGGGGAUUGUAAUGUUUGUUAGCUGUGCUUGUGCAUAUUCUGGGGAAACUUCUGUUGCAUCCCUUUCCUAGCAAUCUCUACAGAGCGAGCGUGAGAAGGCUCCAACAAAUUCAUCUCACUACAAUAGAGGGACAGACCUAAACCUUUCCUCAACACAAAGGAGCAUAUAAGAAUUAUGUAUGUGGCAACCUAAGUAGAUAACUAUUUUUUUUUUUUUUCUCUUCCAGACCGGAGGAAGUGCCAGUUGACGUACUUAGGCAGAGAGAGGCAAAAUGGCUGGAUAUGCUUUCUAGCUGGGAUAAGUGGAUGGCAAAGCGACAUAAGAAGGUAUGUUAAGGAUCUCCUCUUCAUUAGGAGUACACGUUUUAAUGUAUUACAACAUGAGCUUUUCCUUCACGAUGUAGCUUUUUAAAUGUGUCAUCAGGCCAGGACACCCCAUGUCAUCACACUCCCAUUUGAAGGGUGUAGUAGUAGUGCAGGGCGUUCUCAGAGCACCCUUGGGUGUUUGAAACCAAAUUUGCACCAGGUAGUUAAAUGCUUUUUUAACAACUGAUUUCCUGUCUCGUCGCAGCACAGGGUCACAGUACAGGUGGGUGGACUGGUUCACGUGCAUGGACUAGAACUGUCAUGUGCAAGAGGUCAAGAGGAAGUGAUAUUCACCUGAUUUGUGUUCUAAAUAAAACUUAACUAAACACAGGUUCAACCACUUGUCAGUACACUGCACAGUAAAUUAGGUCACCUUUUGUGUACUAAUGCAAGUUUGUUUGUGAGUGAGAUAAUGAAGGCAGGUUAUAGUCUCCAGCAGUAACAUAUGCCAAAUGAAAUCUUACUACAGUAAUAAUCACACUAUUUAAAAAAUAAAUAAAAAAUGUCUUUGAAUUAACUGAUUUAAACAAAAUGUAUUAUGACAAUGACUUCCUAAUCCACACUGCACUGGUUAUCUUUUUGUAGCAUGUAAGUGAUGGAACAUUUUAAGUUCAUUUGCUGAUAGACAUAUUUUAAAGGGACACUAUAGUCACCAGAACAACUACAGCUUAUUGAAUUUGUUCUGGUGAGUAGAAACAUUACCUUCAGGCUUUUUGCUGUAAACACUGUCUUUUCAGAGAAAAUGCAGUGUUUACAUUACAGCCUAGUGAUAACUUCACUGGCCACUCCUUAGAUGUCUGUUAGAGAUCCUUCCUGGGUCAUGGCUGCCUAAAAUGCAUCCAAACAUUCAGUAUCUCCUCCCUCUACAUGCAGACACUGAACUUUCCUCAUAGAGAUUCAUUGAUUCAAUUCAUCUCUAUGAGGGAAUGCUGAUUGGCCAGGGCUGUGUUUGAAUCAUGCUGGCUCUGCCCCUGAUAUGCCUCUUUGUCAGUCUCUGCCAAUCCUAUGGGGAAGCACUGUGAUUGGAUCAGGCUACCACUUCUGAUGAUGUCAGCAGACUGCUUGUUUUCUGAGUCUAACAGCAUUUAGAGUUACAGCUUCAGGCUUGAAUACAGUAAGAUUGUGCUAUAUUUAUGGAGGCAUGAGGGGCCCAGGGGGGCUAGAUGGUGGUUUUAACACUACAGGGUCAGGAAAACAUGUUUGUGUUCCUGACCAUAUAGUGAUCCUUUAAACAACAAUGUAAUACAGUAAAGUCAUUAAGGCUUUCAAAACAUUAAUAUAGUUACCAGUCAUGGUUACAGUUGCAUGUAUUUGUAGAUCCAGAUGUAUACUCCAAAAUAAGGAAUCCUGAAACAUUUCCAAAUUGGAAUGGUGACAGAAUACCUCCUGUUUUAUUUGACUAGUCACACUAAUGGAAUUUUUUUUUUUUCAGAGCUAACUUUAGCUCCCUCUAUUUUUGUAGAACUACAAUGUCCAUGAUCCUUUGACAGCCUUAAGACUGACAGAACAUCACAGAUAUUUUUAGACCACAAUGAGUGAUCUACAUUUUUGGGGAUUCCCUGACCUGUUAUGUUCUGAGGCAGUUCAUGGGUUGCUAAAAACAUUGAGGUCUGUAUUUAGUCGAUCGGCCCGAAGUUCUACAUUUGUUCUUCAAUUCAUACAUUUCUAAAUUCUGCCUUGCACAAACAGAUGCUGUAAAAUAGUAGUCCGCAUGUGAAAACAGUGUGCUUAAGUAAUAUGGCUUUGUUCUGAAUAAUUUGUUUAUUUAAAUAAAUGGUGUAGACGUCACCUGAAAUGUCCUGGAUUAAGAUGUGUAAACAUUGUUUCUUCAGCUGUGUACUUGAACUUUUUUUUUUUUUUUUUUCAUUAAGAUUUUGUAAAUAAUCCUAAUUGGUAUUCUGUCUCUUUAAUUCACUCUCCAUCCUCCUGCACAAUGUGUCUGUAUCAAAAAGCUCUAAAGUUAAAAGGAAUGUGUUAGUCUGUACAAUAUAGGUGUUGUUGGGAGUAUUUUUGGUUGCUGACGGGUAUGAGCUAUACAAGUUCAUGCUUGCUGCUUCUCUGUUUUGUGGUUUUCAUAGCUUGCUGAGAUUUGCCACAGAUGUCGUUAUGAUAGAUGUAUGGAGCUGCUAGACUGAACACUGUGUCACUUACAAUGAUGGCUAACCUUGCCACCUCAAGAUGCAUGUAUUAUGCUAAGCAAGACUUAUGCUAGCUAAGCAUCAUGAAAAUUGUUAUCGUGUGAUAAACCAUCACUGUUUUAGUGGUGCGUUUAAUAUUGGCGCUGCUUAGAAUCACUCUUGGGGCUUUGCGGCUGUAUUUUUUAUUUUAGUUGAGAUGUCAUACCUUCCUGUUUCCAGGAGUUAGUUUUUGUUGUUGUUGUUCUUUUCGUUUUUUUUUUUUUUUAAACAAACUUGUAUUCUACCAGAUAAAGCUACGAUGUCAGAAGGGGAUUCCACCAUCUUUGCGUGGCCGUGCAUGGCAGUACCUCUCUGGUAGUCGAGUAAAGAUGGAUCAGAACAAAGAUAAGUUUGAUGUAAGUAAGAAAGCAAGGGCCUUCUUCAGAAUCUUCUUGAAACCUCUCCUCUUCCUUACUCCAUUUCCUUUUACCACAGGAGCUGGACAGGAUGGCGGGCGACCCCAAGUGGGUGGAUAUAAUAGAAAGAGACUUACACAGGCAGUUUCCUUUCCAUGAAAUGUUUGUUGCUCGUGGGGGUCAUGGGUAAGUUAAUCUCAUUUAUUAUUUCACUUUUCAGCAAAGGGAUUUAUCCAUUACAACUGACAUUUUGUAAUGGGGAAGAAUAUUAACUGCACAUUGUGCUAUCAAAGUGCUUUGCAGAUUUGUAAAGUUAUAUAUUUUUGACCACCAAUCCAUGCACUUUCUUUACUAUGUUUGCCAAGUCCUCCAUCUCCACAAAUAUAGUCCGUAAAAGUGGAUGUGAGAAGCUGCACUACCAUGACAACUUGGAAUUUAGAGCUCAAAUCUAGCGAUGUUUCCUAGGUACUGCUUACUAUACUAGUUUAAAAUAAUUGUUAUGAAAGAGAAGCAAAAUGGACAGCCAGCUAAAAGAGAACAUUCCUAAGUGCUGCCUGCUUGUAAAAUAUGUUCUCAAAACAAAGGCCUGGCAAUGCAAGUGCAUGUGUUGCAAGAAAUAUUUUAAACUGCUAAGGUACGACAACAAACAUGUUAACACCACUAAUAAACUUGAACCAGAAGAUUUUUUUUAAAUUUAUUUUUUCCUUUGAUUCCCCAGGAAUUUUAAGAAUGCAGUAGGGAAUCCGGCUGGUGACUGUUUCUCACUGGUAGUGCAAAGAGAAGCAUUGUCUCACUAAAAUCUAUAGAGAUGAGCUGUGUCACAUUCAAAAUCUUUUUUGGGGAGGGGGGAAUCUUGGUGCAAUCCCUGGAAACAUAGGCAGCAAUCUCUCAGUAGAACAGCAAAAAGGGUGAUGUAACUUAUCUGAAAAUUACAUAGUUGAAAGUCACUUGUAGUUUUUAUUAAUCUUGUUUUCAUUUUUUUUAUUUUUAUUUUUAUUUUUUUUAAGUGUGAUAUUUGGCAAGUGACAUCACAAUCUAUCUUAGCCAGUGGAUGGAAAAAAAUAAUGUAAACCAUUGUAGCAUUGGUUGGAAAUAUAAAAACCAGGGGGAGUGGGGGGGGGGAUUAAGGGGUCUAAAUGAAUGCACGGUAAUUGUAUGUUUUAGACUUUGCAAACGAAUAUUUAAGUCAUAAGUAAACCGAAUUAAAAUUCCUGGGAAAGUACAGUUCCCCUUUAAGUGUGUGUGUGUUUUUUAUUUAGUGAAUUAAAAAAAUAAAACAACAACACAUUUUUAAACUCAAUCUAGUUUUAAAGGUUUUGUUUCUGGUGUCUAACACAACACAGACUGUUUUAAAGAAAAAAUAUAUAAACAAUGAAGAUUAAUGUAAACUUGUAUUUUAUGUGACAGAUCUUCUAUAUUAAAGGGACUCUCCAGUGCGAGGAAAACAUAUGUUUUCCUGGCACUGCAGGACCCUUCAGUUCCCCUCUCUCCCCCACCCCCCCCAUCCCAUGUUACUGAAGGGGUUAAAACCUCUUCAGUGACUUACCUGAAUCCAGCGCUGUUGUCACUUAGUGCUGGGUCAGGCUCCGCCUAUGCUUCUCCCCCACCGACGUCAGCCGGCAGGGAAGACCUAAUGCACAUGCGUGGCAAUGGCUGCGCGCGCGCGCAUUAGACUUCCCUAUAGGAAUGCUUUCCUAUGGGGAUUCCGGCAACGCUGGAGGUCCUCAUGCAUAGUGUGAGGACGUCCAAUGCCGUGUUAGUGUUUCGUGUUUUUUUAUAAACUGCAAUAAUUACACUUGCAGGGUUAAGGGUGGUGGGAGUUGGCACCCAGAUCACUCCAAUGGGCAGAAGUGGUCUGGGUGCCCGGAGUGUCCCUUUAAAGGAACACUAUAGUGUCAGGAAUGGAAACAUGUAUUUCUGACCGGCCCACACUCUGUGCAGUUAAAAAGGUGAUUUUACUAACCUUUUCUCCCACCCCGUGCUGGUCUCUCCGUGGCUGAGAUCCUCAAUUUUGAUUAUCUCAGCCAAUCUAAUGUUUUCCUAUAGCCUCCUUUUGGUUGCUGACGGGUAUGAGCUAUACAAGUUCAUUCUUGCUGCUUCUCUGUUUUGUGGUUUUCAUAGCUUGCUGAGAUUUGCCACAGAUGUCGUUAUGAUAGAUGUAUGGAGCUGCUAGACUGAACACUGUGUCACUUACAAUGAUGGCUAACCUUUCCUGGGAGGCUAUUGCACAUGUAUGGCAAAACACUGCUCUGCACCAGUCAGCAUCUUGAUUGGUGAAUUAAUGCAUCUCUAUGGGAACCGUUCAGUCCUCUGCGUGGAGAUGCCUAACAGAAGUGCUGCACACUAUGCAGUACUGGACUAGAAAGCACCUCUAGUGGCUGUCUGAGAGACUGUCAGUAGAGGUGUUAAUACUGCCUUUACUCUUAAAAAGCAAAGUUUACAGUGCUCACCCUGCAGGGACAGGCUAUAGACACCAGAACUGCUACAUUAAGCUGUAGUAGUCCUGGGUACUGUAGUGUCCCUUUAAGUAUUGUUUGUGUAAUAUUUCUCCUUUUUAAAGGUUAAUUUUAAAGCAUUCUUUUUGGAGACACAAUCUAUUAAGAGAGUACAUGAGCCAAUAAUUUAGCUUAAAAAAAGCCAACUCUGUCAUUGUUGUUCAGACUAAUUAUAAUCUCAAGGAAAGUUUGUAUGUAUUCAACAUAUUCCCUAACUCACCUGUUGGAGCUAUCCUGAUUGUGAUACUCAUCAUUCACAAACAGGCUGUAGUCCAACUGGAGCCAGUGUGAAAAUUUUUAUGCAUUGUGUACACUUUUUUUCUAUGCUUUCUUUCUGUAAGUAAUGUUCGGUCUUUGUUCACAUGUCAACUAUACAGCCAGCAGGAUCUAUUCAAAGUGCUUAAAGCAUAUACACUAUACCGGCCAGAGGAGGGAUACUGCCAGGCUCAGGCUCCAAUAGCUGCUGUCCUGCUCAUGCACAUGCCAGCUGAGGUGAGCAUGCUGACAUUUCCUACAACUUCUAUGUAUACAGUUUAAGUGCUGUCUCACACAAAUCUUGUCUUCUUCCACAGCAAGCAUUUUGGUGUCUCGUGCAGAUCUGUGAAAAGUACCUUCCAGGAUAUUACAGUGAGAAGCUGGUAAGGCAACCUGAGAAAUAUGAAUGGACUCGUUGCAUUUCAGACACAAAAACAAAACAUUUCGUAAUAUGUAAUGUUCAGGAAGAUGUAUGCAUGGGUGGAGUAUUGGCAGUAAUGGAGAAUGUGUUCCCAAUAUGAAUAGUCUUGGUUAAUGGGUUACCAUAAUUAUAUUCUGUGACUGUUAGCAAUGAAUAUUGGCUGACCGUAGGUAUGCUGUACAGUAUUCACAAUUCUUACGGUAGUUUGUUUUUGCUUUUGUCGUAAACAUUCUGUAAAUCUUUCUUUUCAUCAGCUCAAAUGAGCAUAACUAUGUCCUAAACUGAUCUCUUAAUCUGUUCACUGGCAUCACAGUUAACUCUCUCAAAUGCUUCAUAUCCCAAUCUGUUAGACAGCAUUUCUAGAUACUCAAAUAGCAGCUUUAGAGCCAUUACUAUCAAAUAUUCUGUACCACUGCCUUACCCAUUCAACAAUAUUGGAAUCCAAACUUAAAGAUUGCAAUUUAUUGAUAAGCCUUCUAUGUGCAACAGUGUCAAAAGCCUUACUGAAAUCUUGGUAAGCAAUGUCUUCUGCACCACCCUGAUCUAUUAUUUUAGUUACCCAAUCAAAAAAAUCAAUAAGAUUAGUUUGGCCUGUUAAUGACACAGAGCACUGUGAUUGGAUGGCUUGAAAUCCAUCCAAUCACAGUGCUCUGUGUCAUUUUACACAGCGUGGGAAAAUUCCAAAGAACUACGCAGUAUAAUUUUUACUUAGUAUUAGUAAAUGGUGGCUGGAAGACCAAUUUAGGUCUUUCAGCCUUUUAGUAGAUAGCUCCCUAAUUCCGACGGUAUUAGGGAGCUAUCUACUAAGCGGCUGCAAGAUGCAGCCACAGCACGAACAGGAUCGGAGUUUCAUUCAUUCAAAUGAAAUUACGAUCCGAAUAAAGUGCCGAAUUGCGUUCUAAAACAAACGAACAUACUGUUCUCAUUCAGUUAGAACGCAAUUCGGCAGUUUCGGCUAAAAUGACAGGAAGCAUCGCGGGAACACAGAGGAAAGGUAAGAAUUAUGGGAAAAUUGCUCUGACCAGCGGAAAUGAAGCACACUUUGCUCCUCCGCUGGUCAGAGCUGGUCAAGCGGAGGAAUCCUCCAUAAGGCAAAGAGUCCCUACUUUGUCUUAUGAUUUUAAAGAAAACUAAAGAAGACAGGAAGAAAAGAAGAACAGAUCCUGAGAGAGGGGGAGAAGAGGAAGAAAUUGAGGAUAGGUAAGUUCAGCAUGACAGUGCUGCUUUAAAUCCUAGUAUAACUAGCUUGGAAACUGAACAUAAUGUUUGAGUUUUGUACUCAACUACCACUCAUUCUUUGUGCACUAGAGGGCAGAAAUAAUCUGAUCUUAAACAUGGCUACUAAACAAAACACUGAAUGAAUGACUGGAUACUUUUGUGGAAGCUUAUAAAAUACUGAUAAUAAAAAAGUGGUGCAGUUGUGGGGCAAAUAACAUGGAAACAACCGAAUCCGCAUAACAUUUCUUUUGGUUUACUUGGCAAAAGUUGUACAUUUUGAAUGACCGUUUAGCUGUCUACCCCAAUGUUUUCAUAAAUUCUGUAUACAGCUGGUGAUAAGGAGGAUUUUAUUUGCGGUACUGAAAAACAAUUCACUUCAGAGAAAAAAAACUGUGUAUUUUCCAUCGGAGGGGCAACAAUUGCUUCUCUCUCUCCACCGGUCAGUUAUGACGGGCACUUCCAGAAAUCAGACCAUUAUAACAGAACCAGUAAUACUCAAAGCUAUCAUUUGCAAGAAAACUCUCUCACUGACUCUUUGUCAGGCCUGAUACAUUCAUGGUUACUUACUAAUGUUUUAGAAUUCAAAGUGAUUUUUAAAGUUAAGGCCAAUAUAGUCUAACUGGAUGCACAUCUGACUUGGAAAUGUUCUUCAGUUCAGCCAUUUUGGCUUUAAAUUUGAAAUUCACUUUGAAUUCUCAGUUUUAGUGACUAAUCCUGAUUAUCUCGUGUUUCUAGUAAAUGAUAGGUAUUCAAUCCGGUGUAAUGUAAAUAUUUGGUGUGGUAUUUUUGUUUUUUCUUUUUUGCUAGUUAAGAACAUCAACAUUUUUUUUUUAGUUACCAAUAUUGCCAAUAUGCACUGGCAAAUAGUAUUGAAAAAUUCUCAAUCUGUACUCCAGUGUGUUAGAAAGCAAUAGGUUCACAUUUUCUGCCAUGCAGGAAAGCCUGAUUACUUAACAUGUUAUGUCUCUUAUACCUAAUGUAUUGCUGUCAGUAUUACUGGUAUUUGAUAAGUCUCUAGUGUACUGUUGCUCUACAAAAAGUUUAUGUUCAUACCCCUAAAUUUCAUUGGAUUUUAGCUGUUAAAUGUAUUAUUGUAGAAUAGCUUGUAACCAGUUUAGCAUAUUCAUCCUGUAUUGUGUGUUCUUUCUCUACAGGAAGCUAUCCAGCUGGAUGGAAGGAUCCUGUUCUCUCUGCUCCGUAAAGUGUCCCCAGUUGCCUACAAGCACUUGAGCAAGCAGAAGAUUGACCCUAUCCUAUAUAUGACUGAGUGGUUCAUGUGUGCAUUUUCACGGACUCUUCCAUGGAGCUCUGUCCUCCGUGUCUGGGAUAUGUUUUUUUGUGAAGGUAUGGCUUCUUCCUAGCUCACAUUUCCUGGUAUACCCUGUAUGCCUGUCAAUGGUAUUUUUAUUUUACCACUUUUUAUUCAGUGUUGUUGUUAUGCAAUCUGCCAAAGUUAUGUUGGCAAAUGCAAAACUUUGAUAUCAAUUCCCUGUUACUUGGUAUAGUGAAUCAGUCGUAUUUUGUUUGGUAUGUUGGGAAACCCCAACAUUCCUUUUUAUGGCUGUUACUGUUGUAACCUACUGCAGUAAAAAUGAAAUUUUUUUAUAUAUAUAUAUAACUUGAGCAAGCUCAAAGCAUGAACACUUUUUUUUUAAUUUCAUUUUUUUAAUACCCUCACUGUCACCCCAUGCGUCUUCCCUUUUUAUUUUAACUUCUCUGAUAUACCCUCAUGCUUACUCAUUAACAGGAGAAGGACUCCUCUUUAGUAUCCACCUCAUUCAUGUGUUACCCUUUUUCUAUUCCUCUUAAGUGGGAUCGAGAUAAUUAAUGUGUAGACGUGAGUUGUUUGUCACUAAAAUAGAAAAUGGGUAUUAUGAAUUUGUAUGUAUUAAUGAAGACUGCUGUAGGUGGCUUUUGAUUUUAUAAGACUGAACGUCAGUGGUUUCUAUUGUUUAGUUCUAUUGUUCAAUCCAGUGUAAUGUAAAUAUUUGGAACACAUUUUUUUAGUUGCCAAUAUUGGCAAUAUGCACUGGCAAAUAGUAUUGAAAAAUUCUCAGUCUGUACUCCAGUGUGUUAGAAAGCAGUAGGUUCACAUUUUCAGCCAUGCAGGAAAGCAUGGUACUUUCUGAGGUGCUUUCCACUCUUCUCUUAAACCUACUUUAAAGGGUUGAUAUGUAAGGAAUACUUUAUCCAAUGGCCUUUUCUUAUUUUUCAGAAUGCUCAGAAUUUAUUAAAAUUUCAUGCUUGAAAACUGAUGCAAAGACAAAAUUGAAAGCCUUUUAUUGUGUAAAAACUGUCAAAAUGAAUCUCUCAUUUUUCUUAAACAUUACAAAGGCUGUCUUGUAAGUCAUACACUCGUGUUGCUGCCCAGACUUGCUUUCUUACCAUUUUGUACAUCAAUAGAGUUGUGGCAACACUUCUAACUCUUCUGAGUUUUUAAGCUUCAGAGUUACUGUCUACAGGCCAACGUUGUCAAUAUAGCCCUGUGAAAGCAGUGCCACCCUCUUGUGUUUUGCCCCUACUAUAGAAUUAUUCUGUUGUGUUGUUUUUUUUUCCCCCCUUGCCUUUCUUUCCGUGGCAGAAGAAGGGGAAAUAAUCUUCAGGGAAAUAAUUUGAUCAGAUUCUUAACCACUCAUUAAACUAGUCAUGUUCUUUACUUAACUGUCCUUGUAAUCUGUGCUGUAUUAGCCCAAUCUGCUGUAAAGAUUAGUACAAUUUUAAAUGGAGUUGUGUGCUCCUGUUCUAUGUUAGAUUGACGAAGAUUAUUCUUGUCUGCCUAUAAAUAAGUGUUACUUCUUUUGUGGCUGGAUACCAUAUGCCCAUUUUUAUUUGAUGGGACUUAGAUUUCAAAAUUCCAUUUACUACUCACGCAAUUUCCCAACGUCUUGAACUGUAGCAGUUUCUUUACAAAAUAAAAGGAACACUACAUAUUGCAUAAAGCGUGUGAAGUGUGAUUCAUUGCUUAGGUGUCCCAUCUCUGCCUUCUCCUGUCUGGCGAAAAAAGGGGUUUGCUGGGUUUUUACUACAUGUGAAUGUAGGAAUAAAAUUGGAAGGUAACUUUUACUUUGUAGGAUGUCUCUCAAGCUAUAGGCUAUAUGAAUCAGUCAUUUAGGUGUGUGUGUGUGUGUGUGUGUGUGCGCACAGUGUAGCCUGUCUGUACAAGGCUUGCCAGGACUUGCAUGCUGCUUUGUGUCGGUGUUUUGGAUACAGUCUGUAACCAUUAGCUGGCAUCCCUGUAACCCCUCCCUGUGUGUCAUUUUUCAUCUUUAUUUUUGGUCACAAAAUUACCAGUGUGUUACAUGGCUAUAAUCCUUUGCAUUUAUGGGUGUUCUUUAUUAUAGAUCACCUUGUUGCUGAGCUCUGUGGGGUUAACAAAGAAAACACUUAAAGGGACCUGUAGUCCCCAGAACAACUACAGCUUAUUGUAUUUGUUCUGGUAUAAUUGUAUAAUACUUCCCUUCAGGCUUUUUGCAGUAAACCCUGUCUUUUCAGAGAAAAUGCAGUGUUUACAUUACAGCCUAGUGAUAACUCCACUGGCAACCCCUUAGAUGGCUACUAGAGGUGCUUUCUGGGGCAGUGCUGCACACUGUGCUGCACUGUCAAUCAGUGUUUCUUUCCUCUACAUGGAGACACUGAACUUUCCUCAGUCUCAACCAAUCCUAUGGGGAAGCAUUGUGAAUGGCUCAGAGAAUUACUUUUGAUGAUGUCAGGCAGCAGCUGUAGACUUGAAUACAGGUAAGAUUUGACUAUAUUUAGGGAGGCCAUUGGGGAAUAGAUGGUGGUUUUAACCCUAUAGGGUCAGGAAUACAUGUUUGUGUUCCUGGCCCUGUUGGUGCCACACAAGUACUGAAUAUAUGUAUAUAAUUUCUUUUGUUUUUGAUUUGGUGUUUUUUUUUUUUUUUCUUCUCUCCACCCCCCAUUAAACAUCUUUAACAUCACUCCCCCCUACAGUUAACUAAUUAUAGGGUUAGAAAAACAAUAGCAUGCUUUCAUAGAUUUAAAACAGCACCUGAGAUCCAAAGCAUUCUGCAAAACAAUGCUGGGGCAUACAAAGGAUAGAUCAUAAAGAGAAUUGCAGACAUAAUGCAGACAUACUCGUUGAUGGGAUUUCUGAUCUUUGUAUUAUACAUCUUGUAGAUCUGUCAGAGCCAUGCUGUUGCUAUGAAUGUGUAACAACCAUAGAAGCCAAGAGAAAAAAAGUCUGAUCAGGAUUGCAAUAAAUCAUAAUAAUAUGUUAUUGCAGUAUGUAUGCAGAAAUUCCUUUUAUUAUAGUUCUAAUACAAAUUGGAAUACAUGUGGUAGUGGGGGUGACAUUUAAGUGAAAAUCUAAGCAUCAAAACCACUUAAACUUAGUGAAGUGACUUUGGGGCAUAGAUGCUGCUCUUGUAGUCUUGCACAUUACUUUUUGCAAUCCUCACAUUUUUAAUGUCUCAUAGUGGGUCCAGAUGUUUUAUUUGUGUGAAUGGAUUAGUUUAUAGACUAAACACAUUUUUGCACAUGUCUAUCUUAUAGUUUAAAAAUAAGGCAUUAGCCAAAUUUUUCUCCCUAGAUAGAGAUACAUAUAGAGAACAAUCGAUUGUCCCAUAUCUACUGUAGAUCAGUUGUCUGCAACCUAUGGCACACAUGCCAUGCAUGACACUAGAUGAGCCAUUGAAUGGUACGCAAGGGUGCCAGACCCAAACAGACUGAGGUUUUAUUGCCAACUGAAAAUCUGGCACUAGCAUUGAUUGAAACUGUUGAGUGAGGGGCGGUUCUCAAUUAUACAUUACAGUGCUUGCAGGAAGUGAUCCAAGAUCGGUUUCUCCAAGUGCUGGAGAAGGAAAAUCCACAAUGGGUGAGGCCAGCCACCAUAGCACCUACCCUUGACCUAUACCUGGCCCUCUCUGGACACCGAAAAGCCACCAAUGCAGCCAGACAUACACACACACACACACACACACACACACAGCUUCCAGAAACAUAACACUGACACCGUGCAUACACACAGCUCUACAAGCAGCUUCCCAAGCAUUCACACAAUCCCAUAAGCAGCCCCUCCCAUACAGUGUUCACAUUCACACACAUACACAUGUAUCACAUACAAUACCACAAACUGCUCAUGCAAACAGUAACUCCGCAUACGCAUGGAUACAAUCCAAUAAAGCAACGGCAGCAUCAAAACAAGCAGAAUCGGGACCUCAAAGUCUUAAUUUGGCACAACGGUGCUAAAAGAUUGCUUACUUCUGUAAAUAAACCUUUAAAAACUAGCAAGGUUUAACAAAGACCUAUUAAUCUGUCCACAAGGGGACCUUACUAGACUAGAAACAUCCCUGACUGGCAAUUUUAUGUGAUCUGUUUGUUCUCUCUAUUCUCUAGAAUGGCAACAGUGUAAAAUGUUAAUUCAUGUUACGAACCUACCACCCAUCAAGCACCCUCUGUUGUAGUGGCAGGUUUAUGCAUUUGUGUCCAUGGGGCUGUUUCUAUUAUACGAGAUAAACACACCUCUAAUAACUGUAGCAAUUUUGCAGUAGGUGUCAAUGGGAGAACUUCCAUUCAGUUACCAUUGUUGAGUUUUUUUUCAAUGUAUAUAAAUUGCCUUAAACAUCUGCACAUGCUGCCCAAUACUUUGCAUCGUUUAGUAGGGGGAAAGGCAACAAAAAUUAUUGACAUUUUAUUCUUUAUUGUGCUUCAUUUAUAGUUUUCUGCAUUAUUGUAUAUUGCUGUAAGUUAAGGUUAUUUCUAAAAACAACUGUAAAGAUUUUAUUACCACCAAAGUAUUUAAAGCAUACCUAUCAGAUAUAUUGGUACAGUAAAGUAAAGCUCACAACCACACAUAUUAACAUUAGGAAAAAUAUGAAGAAAAAACUCUAAGGACUUUGGAAAAGAUGCUUGAGACAGAGUCUCAAGGAUAUGUCUCUAUAACUUGGUAUUGAAUUUUUUUUUUUUUUUUUUUUUAAAUGCUUCAAAUUACCUGAAUGAAGUAGAGUAGAGACUGCUCAGAAUGAAAAGAUUAGUUUUAAAAAAUGGUACAGUUCACAGCAGCAUACAAGUAUAAUCAAACCAUGAAACUGUCAACAGCUAGGCAAUCGAGGUGUUGGCACUAUUUGUAAAUCAGCCAGUAACCAAAUUUGCAUGGCUCUCGGGAUUCUGAUCUCUCAGUACUGGGCCCUGUUGCCUAACCGAUUGGUUCAGGAGUCUGUGAUUAUGUUCCCUGUUUGGAAAGGACACAUAUGUGGCUUAAAGGGAACUGCUUGGUAGCUUUAGUCAUUGAUGUUGGUGAUAGUAGGUCUCCUAUAGUUAGGUAGUUUUAAUCUCCCUCAUCGUGGCGCCUUCUCCAGCUACACAAUUGCUUUAUUAGCCUCCUAGAAGGGGAGAGAGGAGUUUUCUGAUUGUGGAGUAUAACUGCUGGGGGAUAAGGUGAUCAAAGUGGCGGCUUAUGCAUAAAUUCUGCAGAAAUCCUAUCCAGGGCAGCCAAUGUAGAAGGCUUUAUUGAUGGGUUGUGCAGCAUGUUGAUGACGUGCCAGCUUACAAGAUUUUUUUUUUUUUUUUUAUGCUAGUUUUGUUUUGUUUUUUGGUUUUUUUUUUUAUGAGGGUAUUUUAUUUUUAGUAAUUUGUGUUUGUGUCAGUACUGUGUUCGAUGGCUAUUUAGCACAUUGGAAACACCAACUUCGUGGUGCACCAGAAACACGGUCCUUUAUUGCAAAAGCCUGUUAAAUCUCCAACCUACCACUCUAUGUUGGAGAUUUUAUGGAAGUUUGCAAUAAAGGUAUAACUUUAUUUUAUAAAUGGGCAGUCUUGGAAUUUCCUUAAUUGGUUCCAGCUUCAUCUUCAGCAUUAUAUGAGGUUUAGAGACCGAAAAUUGAGUUGAAUUAAAAUGUCAAUAAGCUAGAGUCUCCCCGUUUCCCCCCUCCACCCCGUGGACCACCCAUGACGCUUGAGCGGCGAACAGAUCAGCUAGGGACUGCAUGGCGAAACCCAUGGCCGCCGCGUCCCUCACUAGCUGGAGAAUGGAGGCGGCAGCAAUAGAGCAACUGCUGGACACUGUUUGGAAACCGAUGCGGACCGCAGACAACGACACACUCUCUGCCCACCGGACGACUCUAAGGAGGGCACAUUCAGCAUGUAAGCACAGCUUAUGCCUGCAUUAUCUGAGGCAACAUCUCACAUGGUUACCGGCAGAUCUGUGGGGACUCACUUGGGACUAUAACCCUGAAUGAGCACAGAAGUGCAACGGACAUGAGACACACGCCUCUUUCAUACCUGGGACUGAAGCUAGCAGAUACAUGAGACCAAACGUACCCCUGGCCAACAAGUACCUGGGCACUCAAGCAACCAGCGGGAAACACCAGGGACUUGAUUACAGCCAGGACGCCAGCCGACCCCGCACAGUUGCAGGAGUAACUAAGCGAUUGUUAACCCUGUAUAAUCAUAAUCAAAAUUCCAGAAGAGCGCUUUGCAUCCUUUAUUUUUAGUUUUUAUUCAUACUGUUAUGUCUAGAAUUAUUGCAGAUGACCCUAUUCUGUAGUCCCACAUGUAACUCAUUUAAAAAUAAUUAAGUCUACAUGUCCGUUUAUCCAGCAAACGCAGAGACUCGCUGACCCCUGGUGGUUAAAUGUAAAUCCAAGCAGUGUAGAGAAAUCUAUACCCGUCAUGAAAGGACCACUCUAGGCACCCAGAUCACUUCAGCUUAAUGAAGUGGUCUGGGUGCCAGGUCCCUCUAGGAUUAACCCCUUUUUUUAUAAUGAAACUGCUAGGUUUAUAAAUGGGUUAAUCCAGCCUCCAAAUCCUCUAGUGGCUGUCUCAUUGAUAGCCGCUAGAGGCGUUUGCGUGCUUCUCAUUGUGAAAAUCAGUGAGAACACGCAAGCAUCCAUAGGAAAGCAUUGUAAAUAUAGUAAAUGCUUUCCUAUGAGACCGGCUGAAUGCGCGCGCAGCUUCUGCCGCGCAUGCGCAUUCAGCCGAAGAGGAGGAUCAGAGGCGGAGAGGAGGAGGAGAGUUCCCCGCCCCUGGAAUAAAGGUAAGUUUUAACCCCUUUCUUCGCCAUCCAGCCUGGCGGGAGGGGGACCCUGAGGGUGGGGGCACCCUCAGGGCACUAUAGUGGUCCUUUAACUUGCAUAGCCUGUAACUUAAGAACCAUAUCAACACUGCUCAACUAAGCAUGCAUAGACUAGCUAUAAAAGUUCUAUCCACUUGUACCAAACCUGUUUUAUAUCUCAAAAAUAUAAAUGUGCUGUUUACUCUGCCAUGACACUGUAUGAUAUUGAAUAGCUUGUACACGCCAUCGUGGUGCUGCGAGCAUGUUGUAACCACAAGCACAAGAAAAAUAACCAUGACAACCCCCUAUAUAUGAAUUUAUGUUUAUAAUUUACCCCUGACACAUGCCUCCUACUUGUGUUGUCCAAGAAAAAAAUACAGGCAAGCUUGCACUACCAAGACAGCAAGGGCAAGUACGUUGGAUCACACAAUGAGACAAUUGCAUGGCAUUGUUAUAUUUUAGCACAAAUUUAUAAUAUAAGAUAGUAGUAGUCAAUCUAAGUUGUCUAAACCAUAUGUACAGCAGAGCAAGUAUUCAGUUAGUAUGUCUGAGACGCAGAGAGUGUAGGCAAAAGAACACCUAGUAGGCUCAUAGAUUAUUUUCCAGACUAACAGGCACAACAUCUCUAACUAACGGCUGUCAACUAUGAAACUGUAUGAACAGUGAGCAAAUAAACACUCCUGCCAGUGACAUUUAAAAGUAAAAUAAUAUGAAAGCAAGCAGUGUAAAGUCAUUAUGAGAUGACUAUUGCCAGCGGGCAGGGGUCCCAGUCCCGGAUCAACCAAUGCCACUCUGGGGCAUAGCAUACUGUCUAUUCGGCAGAGCAGACUUUGGGCACAAGGGUCAGGAUGCAGGCGGUGGAGCCCAUCAGUAGCUGCUAGGGCUUCAUCUGUUAGCCAAGCUCAUGGAACCUAUCAGGGUAGAUCUCGGGCCAGACUGCUUGGAAAUUGCACCCAGGCCCAGCUUUAAUGUGGUGACUUGGGCUGCCUCGCCUUUUUUGGGUGGGCCUCAGACCGUCGCCGGAAACGAUGCAAGAAUUUCCAAGGUGGCUGAUUUAGUUUAUCUUGGGCAUUGCGUUUUUGCUGGCUGUACUCACUGGCCCUGUGUUUCGGCCUUCUCCAGAAAUCAGCAGAGAUAUUAUUGAGCUUAACUGCAAAAUCGGGUUGUACAAGACUGGGAUUGUUAGGUCAGUGAGGACCCACUUUAUAGUUCCACUCUGCUGGAUCUCUCUUGUGGUCGUCUGCAGGUGAGUGAUAGUGUUGAGAUUGCUGCAGGCCCUUCUGCCUGUCUGCCAGGUGAGAUAGAAAUGCCGAAAAGAUAGCCUCCAACUUGUGGAGUGUAGGUUGUGGCUGAGCUACGUUUUGUGGGCCCGCAUGUCUCCUCUGCCAUACUGGGUGCAGUGGUAUCCCUGCUGGGGCAUAAGCUGUAAGUCAAUGAGGUGUUCUCCUGGAACCAGGAAAAACCCCACCAGUCCAGAGGGGGGAGGUGGGGAACGAGGUCCCAAACAGGUUCCAACCUUCCAUGGCAGCAGGAGAGCGGCUGCCUCUCCCACGCCAACCACGCAGGUAGGCCGCAAAAAGUGAUCAGGUGAUUUCUUCAUGAUUUGUAGCUUACAUGGUAUCCCUGUGGACACCACAAUGUCCCUUCACACUUAGUGGGCAGAAUUUGUUGAGUUUUUGUUUGCAUCUGCAAAUUUCAAGCAGUAUUUUCCACACAACUGGAAGAGCUGCUGAAACAUACGCCUGCUCUUCUCUGCAGUCAGGCCCUGCCCCUUUGUUCACAAACACAUUUUUUAUUUGCCUUCAAGUGAAUUUGACAUAGGUAGAACAAUUAUUUAUAACCUCUAGUGUUCGGCAGUUCCAUAUUUGCAAAAUAACAUAUAUUACUAAAUUAUACAGUAUAUGACAAGAAUUCAAUACUUCCCUUUUUAAGUUGUACUGCUCUGGUACUUUGAUAAACGUCUGGCGAAUGUGCUCCAAAUGUAUUUCCUGUUUUAGUAUUCUAUAUUUAUGCAUCUAUUGAUUUAUUUAGGGAAACCCUUCUUAUCAUAAGUAGUGACCCAUAAUAAACUUUAAGAACUUGGAAUAUAUUUCAGGUUUGGGUACUGUUUGCUUCAUGUUUGCCCUGUUUUACUCAUGCAGGUGUGAAGAUAGUUUUCCGAGUGGCACUGGUUCUGCUGAAAUAUACACUUGGUUCCUCUGAGAAGCUCAAGUCGUGUCAGGGUCAGUAUGAGACGAUGGAGAAACUGAAGGCUAUUGAUCCCAAAUACAUGCAGGAGAACUUCCUUAUUGGAGAGGUGAGACACUACAGCUAGCAUACGUUUACAAAUUAUUUUUAUUUAUUUUUUGUCUUUAGAGGCCCAGAGCAACUAAUUUUGAUUUUAAAAUCCACAAUCCCUUCUUUUAUACUAACACGAUUAUUUGUAUUAUUUUGAAAUAAUGCUGGUCGUUUAAAGAGUUAUUUAUAAAGUAUGAUUCUUAGUAUAAUAAUUGUAUUUGUUGGUCAUGCAGAUGCUAUCUGCACGAUUCUUUGAAGUGUUUGCACUUGUAGAUAAUGGAAUUGUCCAAGAGUUUUUCAUGCUUUGACAUACUUACUUUUUUGGGUGCUAGAAACAAACCUUGUUUAAUUGGUAAAUUAAACCACUGACCCACAUAUCACCAUCUUUUAGGGUUUGUAUUUUAAGCCAUGGAAGCUUAUGGUUAAUUGGCAAUCUCAUUGCUCAGUCCCAAAAAUCUGUUCUGGUAACUACAUGAACCGCACGUUUUCACAAUUAAUAAUACAGAAUAAUUUCGCUGGAAUGUGAUGUAGGAAAAACAUAUGCUUCUGUUAUAUGGCAUUAAUUUUUUUUUUUAAAUAUAUUUAUUCUUGCUCCUUUUUGUUGAAGAUUGUAGAAUUGCAAAUCACAGAGCGUGAUGUGGAACGUGAGCACCUAAUCCAGCUGAAAAAAUGGAAAGAGGAGUUUGGAGAGUUGCAGUGCAAAUCUCCUCCCCGUAUGCAUGGGGCCAAAGCAAUCAGUGAUUCAGACCCUCCAAAUCAUAAACCAUUGGAACACUCCCCAUCCAUCAUUCUCCCAUCCAACACAUCUGCAAUUAAGAAGACCAGGGAGCAGAAACAAAUGGAGAAAGAACAAGAGAAGCAGCGAGCAAAGGUUGCAAAAGAGAGGGAAAAGGAGGAGAAAGAGAAAAAGAAACUAGAAAAGAAAAAAAGCAAAGGCAAAGGGGACCAAUCUAAUGGAAAUGUAAAAGAGGAGAAUGGAGGGGAGGGAACAAGAGACCACCGGCAGGAACCGGUUCAGCCUCUGGUUCCCAAACAAAAUCUAAAGGACACCCUAAAAGUGCAUCAAUCAAAUGAGAGUUUAUGCUCCAAAGAGAGUGAAGACACAUAUUUAUAACUUUUUUUUCCUUCUUCUUCUGAUCACCCUUUUCACAAGACAUGAUGUAACAACUUACAUGCAUUUAAGAAUCUUAUAGAUCUGUUUCCUUUAAAAAAAAAAAAAAUAUAUAUUUUUUUUUUUUUUUUUUUAUAUAUGUUGUGUAGAAAAUACAUUGUAUUAUUUAAAGGGAAUGUACAGUUCAGUGGAGCUGGGAGGCUACAGACACCAUAUUUUGUAUGUGUCUUUGGAAAACAAUAAUAGUAUUUCUUGGACGUGGUACCUUUUUCUUAAACAUGUGAAAUCCUCAUAACCUACACAGUACUUUUGUUUUUCUGUGGCUGGAUGCAGCCUGUUGGUCUUACCUUUUGAGGAACUUGUACAUGUUGUACAGAAAUUCUUUACUUUUGAGUGAGCAUAUGUUGUGACCAAUCAGUGGAGGGCUUAGAUGGAAACUGGCAAAUGAAUGACCAAAAAAGGGGUCCAAUAACAAGAUGUUAAGAAUGUCGUCCACACAGUUAAUUUUCUUCAAAAUGACUGGUGUCACUGUAAAAGGUGCUUGACACAGGACCCUGCACUUUGUACCAUUCCAGAUGUUCUACGGCAGAGUGCAGAGCAUCUUCCACUAUGCACAAAGAUGUAAUUGUUUCCUUUUUACACGGGACCAGCAAAGCUAAAAUGUGUAGGCUCUCUUUCUUUCUCCCAGAGACACUCUUUAUGCCAAUAAAUGAAUUCAGAGAAUCUUGCUCCGUUUUCAGUACAAAGGAGUGUUUUGUAGUGGUUUUUUUUUUUGCCAGGUCUUGUCUGAGAUCUGAGAAAAGAAUCUCUGCUUGUGUUUUAGUUCUGUAUAAGAGCCUUGUGGAAGAAAUUCUCCACUAUUAGCUGACCAACUGUGACACUAUUCCACCCCUAUCUCCUGGAACUACAGGGAAGGGCUCGUAUUCCGCAGUGUAUUAUAUGUUACACUAAACACAGCCAAGCAGGAAUAUUUAUUUAUCAAUGGUAUUAGCUAUUGCAAAAACAAAAAAUUAAAUAAAGAAGCUUGCCAAUAUUUAGAUUAAA